AUGGAAAGUAUAGUGGGGCCUUUCCUGGCGCGGCAUUCUUCGGCUGUUCCAAGGCUUUGGCUGAAUGGUUCCGGAAUGGGUGGCAGGGGCCUGGAAGCACUGAUCCCCUACAUCAAAGAUGGCUGGGUGCAAGAGCUCGAUCUCUCCCAUCUCAAGGGGAUGGGCAAGGACUCCCUGUUAAAGUUCUUGAGGGAGAUAGGGGCGUGCGGACAGUAUCCGCAGUACGGUACUUUGCCUUUGCUGCUGCGUUUGGAGCGGAAUUUCCUACAGCCGGAGUCAUUCCUCCAGGACGUUAUGGCAAAGGGUGUGACCUUCCGGAUACCCAACGCAGAGGACAUGGAGAAGUGGAGGUCGGAACGAGACAGGGCAGCAUGGGAGCGGCAUGGUGCACCUGAAGUAGAGGCAAUGGUCGAUCUCCCGUACUUCAUGGAUCAGCGGCCAACUCCACAUCCUCCGGAAGGUCCGCCCUGCCUGGCGUCGAAGAGCGCACCGUUGCGGCCCACCCCACAUCCUCCAGAAGGUCCGCCGUGCCUGGUAUCAAAGUCCGCGCCAUUGCAGAGGGCUCCCCACGCACCGGAAGAGUCUGCAGCUGUGUUAGGGGAGCAGGCCCAGUUGCUCCAGCAAUUCGGUCGUGUGACGCCAGUUGCUCCGCAGCCUCGGCCCGCCGCUGCUGUAAAGGCAUUGCCGCCACCUCCUCCUCGCCCGGCAGCUUCUUCUCGCCCGACCGCCCCGCCAGCGGGCCCCCCUAUCAUGCAGAGAACGCCGAAGUACCACGCCACACCAAAGAAAAGGCCUAAUUCGGCACGACAGGAGCCCCCUGCUCCGAAGACAAAAAACGUUCCGGUGCAGCCGAAGAGCCCGCCACAGCCGCCGAGUGGUCCUCCCCCCAAGGUUUCUUCCUCGAUGCAAUCGACGCCCAGGCUAGCACGCAGCGUUUCAGAACCGGCUGUGAAGGAGCUUCCUCGGGCGCCCAACAACAAGGGGAUGCCCAAGCGGUUGCCUCGGCCCAACACGAAGCCCGCCGGCGGCCUCUUGACUCGGCCUCCAGCGCAAAGGGCGGUGGGCUCCGUGAGCCUUCAGUCCCGGAAACAACCUCCGAGUCGUGUCCCCGUGGCGUUUCAGCAAAAACUUCCGAAGCCGCCAGGGGAGCCUCCACAGGCGUUCCGCGGGAAUUCCAACGCCGCGCCGCCUUCCAAGCCGGCCCCGGAGGAUGAUCAGAUGGAGGAGGUCUGGGUGGACUGGCACUCAGAGGACCCGGCUACGCCACCGAAGAAGGCCAAGGAGGCUUGGCCGCAGACCCCAGAGCCCCGAAGCAAGGAUUGCGUGGCAGAUGCCAUGGGCCGGGGCUUCGGUGCAAAGCUGAGGAGCGGGCAGAUGGCCAUGCGCAAAAAGGUGGGCUCCGUUGGCCUUUGUUUAAAAAAAGAGGAGAAGGAGGCGAUGCCAGGACAAUGGCUCUCACUCCUCCAGGACAAGCCGAACCUUGAGACGGUGAGAAACGAGGAGAAGGAGGAAUGGAAGACCGAAGAGGAGGAGACAAAGGAGAAGGAGUUCGAGUUAGAAGACGAGGCGAAGGAUGAAGAAACGGAUCCGCCUGUCGAAGAUCCGCCCCUCGAUGACUCUGUCGAGGGUGGCGGGGAGGAGGAGCUGGAUCAGUCCAUGGCAUCUGGGUCCGUUGAAGACAGCUACUCGGACGACACCUCCGGACGGGACGAGGUUCUGCCGCCUGGAGCUCCCGUGGGCGCCGGCCUCAUCGACCUUCGCAACUACGGGCAGGAGUUUCUCGACGACAAGGAGAAGCAGAUCGAGCAGAACAACAGGAUCGCGGCCCGCUGGGGCGGGACAGUUCAGGUGCCGCUUGCUUCCGGUACCCCCCAGUCGCGCAAGGGCAGCUUCCUGAAAGGCCAGCAGUCCGUGGUAAGUCGGCUCCGACGCAAUCCUCCACCGCCGUCACCAGGCACAAGCGUCGUAAGUCCAACGGAGUCGACCGGAACGUUGCAACCACAGGAGCCUCCAUAUCCGCCGCCGCCGCCGAAGAAGAAGAAAGCCAACAGAGGGGGGGCCGGUUCCAAGGCGCGUGCAGCCGCCAGACGCCGGGGCCAGUCUAUCGAGUCAGUGGCGCCCAAGUUUCGCAUCAAGAAGGAGAAAGGAAGCGAGGCGAACCAAGUUCGCGAAGUUCUCGCAUCCGAGGUCCUCUUCUCUCAGGAUUCCAUGAAGGACUGUUUCCAGUGUGGGAGACCGUUGGAGUACACUGUCGAGCAGCUACUGCGUCAAGAGAUCCUUCCGAGCCAUCCGAUCUUCCGGAAGAUGAACUUGUACGAGACGGAGCAGGGUCUGAAGACCAAAGAUAACCGAAGGCUCUGGUGCCUCAAGGAGUUGGAGAAAAGAAGCGGGCGAAAGGUUCGCUUCAAAGCUACGGUCUGGUCGUACCGCUCCUGGCGUUUGUUCCACGGCAUCAUCGCGAACGACGACAAAACAGAUGGCCGUGAACCCCGCAUGCGCACCACGAAGAGGAAGGCAGAAGGAUCGGAAGUCAAGUGGGAAGUGAAGUCUGAGGGCCCUGCGAGCCCCUAG